AUGGGAAAGGGCUUCUUUAUCAGUAAAACUGUCGGGAUAGCAGGGAUUGUGUUAGCCGCUGGAGCGCUAGCCACAAUCAUCGCACUCUCUGUGGUCUACUCCCAAGAGAAGUCCAAGAACAAUGAAAAUGAGGUUAAACCCACAGGUGCAAUAACAACAUCAGUUCCAACAACAGAACCAUCCAAUGAACCAUGGGACCAGUGGCGCCUUCCACAGGCUCUUAGUCCACAAACCUACAAUGUCACUCUGUGGCCACGGCUCCAGCCGGAUGCAACUGGACUCUACAUCUUCACAGGGCUGUCCAGCGUGGUCUUCAGAUGUGUGGAAAAGACAAACCUCAUCCUCAUUCACUCCAACAAGCUGAACAUGACACAGCAACCCACCUUGACAGCACUUGGAAGCAAACCAGCUCCUACCAUUGAAUCAAUUGUGAUGCACACAAAAACACAGUAUAUGGCGAUUCAUCUGAAAGAAGAAUUAACUGCGGGGGAAAGCUACGAGCUCUACACAGAAUUUGUAGGCGAGCUUGCAAAUGACUUGGGAGGCUUCUACCGAAGUGAAUACUAUGAGAAUGGAGUAAAAAAAGUGGUCGCCACAACUCAGAUGCAGGCAACAGAUGCCAGGAAGGCAUUCCCUUGCUUUGAUGAACCUGCAAUGAAAGCGAUAUUCCACAUUACUCUUUACCAUGAUCCAGCAACCGUAGCCCUCUCCAAUAGUGUUGUGAAAGACGAGGUUAACGUCACCAUAGAUAACACUCUUGUAACCAGAACAACAUUUGAACCGACAGAAGUGAUGUCGACAUAUUUGUUGGCAUUUAUUGUCAGCGAUUUCAUCUACAUUGAAGAAAUAAUUGAAGAUCUGCAGAUUAGAAUUUUUGCCCGUCAAGAAGCCAUAAAUGCAGGACAAGGGGAUUAUGCGCUCAGUGUGACUGGAAAAAUUCUCAGAUUCUUUCAGGGCUAUUACAAUGUCCCCUAUCCACUGCCCAAAUCAGAUCAAAUUGCUCUGCCAGACUUCAACGCUGGAGCAAUGGAAAACUGGGGCUUAAUUACAUACAGAGAGACGGGCCUACUGUAUGAUGAAGAAAUAUCCUCAAAUGGAAACAAAGAGAGAAUUGUUACUAUUAUUGCCCAUGAACUUGCUCAUCAGUGGUUUGGAAACCUUGUGACUAUCAGGUGGUGGAAUGAUCUGUGGCUCAAUGAAGGUUUUGCGUCUUACGUAGAAUAUCUUGGUGCAGAUGAUGCUGAGCCGGGUUGGAACAUUAAAGAUUUGAUCGUUCUUAAUGAUGUGCACCGAGUUUUUGCCAUUGAUGCACUGGCCUCGUCUCACCCCUUGUCGUCUAAAGAAGAGGAUAUCCAAAGACCAGAGCAAAUUAGCGAAGUGUUUGAUACGAUUUCCUACAGUAAGGGGGCAUCUGUACUUAGGAUGUUAUCUGACUUCCUGACUGAGACAGUGUUUACUCAAGGCCUCCGGACUUACCUGGAUCAUUUCAAAUACAGCAACACGGUAUACACAGACCUUUGGGAGCAUCUUCAAAGGGCUGUGGACAGCAGUGGUACCACUCUUCCCAGAUCUGUGCAAGAGAUUAUGGACCGCUGGGUUCUUCAAAUGGGCUUUCCUGUGGUCACUAUUAACACUGCAACUGGCCAGAUUACACAAGAGCACUUCCUCCUGGACCCUGACACUAAACCAGACAGGCCAUCAGAAUUUAAUUAUGAGUGGUUAGUACCAAUUUCAUGGACAAAGAAAGAAGCAGCAGAACCCCUAUAUUGGCUGUUGGAGAAAACUACUCAAAUGGAUCAGAUGAAAACUAGUGGUGAUGUGUGGGUUCUGGCCAACAUCAAUGUGACAGGAUACUACAGGGUUAACUAUGAUAAUGAAAACUGGCAACGCCUACUUACUGUUCUCAGGACAUCAAGUCAGAGCAUUCCAGUUAUUAACCGGGCACAGAUAAUUGAUGAUGCUUUUAACCUGGCCAAAGCAGGAAUUAUUGAAACAACAUUGGCUCUAAGAACCACACUGUUCCUCGACUCUGAAACGGAGUACAUGCCGUGGGAGUCUGCUCUUGAUAACCUGGACUACUUUUACCUCAUGUUUGAUCGCACAGAGGUGUACGGCCCCAUGCAAACAUACGUUGGAAAUCAAGUGAAGAAUUUGUUUGAAUACUUCACAACGCUUACAAAUUGGGAGGAUGUGCCUCAAGGACAUACUGACCAAUAUAAUCAAGUUAAUGCACUCAGAGUUGCUUGCAGCACUGGGUAUGAAAACUGUACGACUCUCGUCAAAACAUGGUUCAAACAGUGGAUGGAAAAUCCAAAUGUCAACCCUAUUAAGGCCAACUUGAGGUCCACAGUGUACUGCAGUGCCAUUGCUGCAGGUGGUGAGAAGGAGUGGAACUUUGCUUGGGAGAUGUUUGAAAAAGCCACUAUUGCUUCAGAAAAAGAUAAACUGAGAGCUGCAUUGGCAUGUGCCACCGAGCCUUGGUUACUGAACAGGUAUCUCAAAUACACUUUGGAUCCAGAUAUAAUUCGGAAACAAGAUGCCACCUCUACCAUCGUCAGCAUUGCAAGCAAUGUGGUCGGCCAACCAUUGGCCUGGGAUUUUGUUAGAGCCAACUGGGAGUACAUUUUCAAUGAGUAUGGAGGUGGAUCUUUCUCUUUCUCCAAUCUGAUCAAUGGCAUCACAAAGAGAUUCUCAACUGAAUUUGAAUUGCAACAGCUGAUACAGUUCCGGGAUGACUACGCUCACAUAGGUUUUGGUUCCGGAACCUUAGCCAUUCAGCAAUCCAUCGAGAGGACUACCGCCAACAUCAAAUGGGUCGAGAAGAACCAACAAGCAGUCUUAGAAUGGUUUAGAAAUCCACUGUAACUCUAAAAAAUAAGCACAUACUGUAGUUUGUUCGCUCUGAGGAGGAGAGGAGCACUGGGACAUUGUCUAGCUUGGGCCUAGAUGAGCAUUAAAAUAAAUUAUUAUUUAUUAUGGAUAAUGUUGAAUCCCAGUAUAUUCCAGAGCUACUUUCUUCCUAUGAUGAUGUACAGUAUACAAAUAUCUUUCUUUAAGGCAUGCCUUGUUAUAAUUAUAUGUUUUCCCUUAGAUUUUUGUUUUGUAAACAAAUU